AUGAUAUAAAUAAUUACAAAGAUGAUGAUGAUAAUUAUGAAAAUCCACAAGGAGAAAAUGAAUCAUCAAUGAAACCUAGAGAAUACAUUAAUUACAAAUAUAUUAUUGCAGCAACUUUAUUAGAUCUUAUAGCAAAUUUUGCAAUUACAAUUGGAUUUUUUUAUAUAGGAAGUGGAAUGUAUCAAGUAAUUUAUAGUUCUGUGGUUAUUUGGUGUGCAAUUCUUUCAUUCUUUUUACUUGGAAGAAAACUUUCAUUCAUACAAUCAAUCUCAAUAGUUGGAGUAUCAUUUGGACUUGCUUUGAGUGCAUUGGGAAUCAAUCAAAGCUCAGAAGUUACAGAAACUUUGACAAUUGAUGAUGAUAAUGAAGAAAUAGAAUAUUUUAAUUUAAAUAGAUCAAUGUUUGGAAUGAUUCUUGUAUCAUUUGCAACACUUGGCUAUGCAUGUAUUUAUGUUUUUUCAGAUUUGAUAUUGAAUAUGAAAACGCCUUAUGAUAUGAUACCACCAUCACCAGAAACCAUUUGUUUUCUUAUAGGAAGUUUUGGAACAGGAUUUUCAAUGAUAUAUAUAAUAUUUUACACAAUUCCAAACUGGGAUACUUUAAUAACACAAGAGAUGGCAAAGUUAAGUCAACAUGAUAGCACAUUUACAAUAAUAUUUAUUUAUCUCCUACUGAUAAUAGUUUCAUUUGCACAUAAUUUGGCAUAUUAUUGGCUGAUGAAACAUCUUGGAAAUGUUUCUACAGGAUUAUUGAAUUCAGUCAGGGCAAUUGUAGUUUUUGGAUUAAGCCAUUGGCUUUUUUGUCAAUUGGAUUCAGGGCAAUGUUUUAAUAUUUGGAAAGGAUUAAGUGCAGCAGUAGUUGUUGGAUUUGUUACUUCUUUUUCAUUAUGCAGUAAAUCAGAUGAUACUAAAUAA